UGCCGCCCGCGAAACUCGUCGUCGACUUGCGCGCUUGGGAUUUUCUCGGAAUUUGCAUUUCCACAAAUAGGAGCCGUCGAAAAACGUCUCAGCAAUCGCGGUGCGCUAGUUGGCAGCGAAGAGACAACAAUCACCAGCAGCACAAGCAGCAGCAACAAUGGCCCUCAGCCGCAUCUAUGCAUCAAAGUUGGCAUGUGCCGCCAAUAAGAAUGCCCUGCCGGCAAUCGCUACGUUCGUGCGCAAUGCUUCCGACAGCACAGACCUGAAGGCCGUCCUGGCGGAAAAGAUCCCGAAGGAGCAGGAGCGGAUCAAGAACUUCCGUAAGCAGCAUGGCAACACUAAGGUUGGCGAAGUCACCGUUGAUAUGAUGUAUGGCGGUAUGCGUGGCAUCAAGGGCCUGGUGUGUGAAACUUCCGUGCUUGAUCCGGAGGAGGGCAUCCGUUUCCGCGGUUUGUCGAUCCCCGAGUGCCAGGAAGUGCUUCCGAAGGCUCCAGGUGGUCAGGAACCGCUGCCUGAGGGUCUGUUCUGGCUGCUGAUCACUGGUGAUGUGCCGUCGAAGGCUCAGGUCGAUGCGCUGUCGCGCGAAUGGGCCAACCGUGCUGCGCUGCCCUCGCACGUCGUCACCAUGCUGAACAACAUGCCCACCUCUCUGCACCCAAUGUCGCAGCUGAGCUGCGCCGUGACCGCUCUGAACCACGAGAGCAAAUACGCGAAAGCGUACUCCGAAGGUGUACACAAGAGCAAGUACUGGGAGUACGUGUACGAGGACAGCAUGGACCUGAUUGCGAAGCUGCCGGUAAUUGCGGCCACUAUCUACCGCAACACGUACCGUGAUGGUAAGGGUAUUGGUGCAAUCGACCCGAAGAAGGAUUGGUCGGCCAACUUCACCAAGAUGCUGGGCUAUGAGGACGAGAAGUUCACCGAGCUGAUGCGCCUGUACCUGACCAUCCACAGUGACCACGAGGGUGGUAACGUGUCGGCCCACACGGUUCAUCUGGUCGGUUCGGCACUGAGCGAUCCGUACCUGUCGUUUGCCGCUGGCAUGAACGGUCUCGCCGGUCCGCUUCACGGAUUGGCCAACCAGGAGGUGCUGGUGUGGCUGCAGAAGCUGCGCAAGGAGCUGGGCGACAAUGCCAGCGAGGAAAAGGUGAAGGAGUUCAUCUGGAAGACGCUGAAGUCGGGCCAGGUGGUGCCCGGUUACGGUCACGCUGUGUUGCGCAAGACCGAUCCCCGCUACACCUGCCAGCGCGAGUUCGCCCUCAAGCACCUGCCAAACGAUCCGCUGUUCGGGCUGGUCUCGAACAUCUACAAGGUCGUGCCCCCAAUCCUGACCGAGCUCGGCAAGGUGAAGAACCCGUGGCCAAACGUAGAUGCGCACUCCGGUGUGCUGCUGCAGUACUACGGCCUGAAGGAGAUGAACUACUACACCGUGCUGUUCGGUGUAUCGCGCGCCCUCGGCGUGUUGGCGUCGCUCGUGUGGGAUCGUGCUCUCGGUCUGCCGAUCGAGCGUCCCAAGUCGAUGUCCACCGAUGGAUUGAUCAAGGCCACCUCCAAGUAAAGGGAGAAAGCUCCUUUUAUUGCAUAAACAAAUACACACGCACUUAAACCACACAACCGUCAAACACACACACACACACGCAUCCUUUGCAACUCUAAGCAUAAGUUUUCAUCGAAAUGAGUAAUUUAAACACACACCCGACAAAGUAAAGCAAACAUGAAUGUGCAGUCGCAACCAAGACCCCAACAGCAUAUACAGCUCAUCAUCAUUGAUCCCGACUCUCAGGCAGGAGCGAAGCAAAACGGACAAGGGAGGGAAACGGCAAUUCUACGAUAUUAAGGCCAGCGCCGGAACGUUAGUCACAAGCAAGGAGAAAGAGAAAAGCUAGAGCGAAUAGAGCGUGUUACACAAUUUGCAACCAAAAACUACCAAACUCUGCGAUAGUUAAUUGAGUUAAAAACUAUACAAAAUAGCUUUUAGAGUGAUAGAUACAACCAUCCCUCCCGAAAGAGAAUGCUGUUGGUGUGAGAAGACCUUCCCAGCGCUCUACCCUUAAGAAACAAAACGAGGACAACGACGGCAAGAGAAAUAUGUUAAAGAGCGACAGGAAAACGAUAAUUAAAACAAAGAAAUAUGUAAUAAUAAUACUUUAUCCUCUCUCGUAGAGAGUGUCGCAAAACAAAACAGAACAAGAACAAUCUAAUUACGAGAGUUACGCAAAAUGUAAGAAAAGAUGCGCGUUUGUUCAGACGCAACGCGAAGAAAGAAUCAUUUUCUACGUUUGCCUGUGUAAGGUCGUCCUGUGGUCGAGCAAAAUUCUCUUGAAGUAUUUGAAAGUACAUCUGACAAAAAUGCAUGCUGUAGAAACGUUUUAUUUCAACUCACGUUCUUAAAUCUUCACACAACCGCUUUGCGGAUGGGGAACCAGAUAGGAUUGGUAGAGAAAAACAGCGAUAUAAUCUUUAAAUUAGUAGCACGUUUGCUCGUAGUAGAGUUUUCCACGUGGUAUAAGCCCAAACGGUGGGCGGAAAUGUGGUGCCGUGGUUCCAGUGUUCCUUUCGUUUCCAUUGAGUACAUUAUUUUGUUGUAUAAGAGUGGCGUCUAGCAACUUAAUUAGUUUAGAAUGAUCGUUAACGUUUGUUUUUGCCUUGUGGGCAGUCCCUUUUGUUCAGUUACAUAAUUUAAAUUAUUGUUUUUUUUUGUCUCAUAUACGCUGCAGACUUUAUCAAGCUUGGGGAAGGAAAAAGCUACAUGCAUUAUUACAUUAGCGCAUAUUUGCUAGGGCCAGAUGGGCAUUCGUUCGCGCGAAUGCGUUGCAUUUUUCCGCACCGUAAUAUGCUGACCCAGUAAUUAAUAUUUAUUGCUUUCUGAGAACGUAUGACGUUUGGUUCAUGUUGUAGGUACGGUACGGAAGUGCGCCCAUUGCGUUGUUCUGUGGUGUAAAUCAACCAGCACACGAUUUACGACUUUCUCUCCCCGACUUGGCUAGUUUUUCAAUUUGAUGAUUUCCGUAUGAUUGAGAGAGGAUGAGUUUGUUUUGCUAAACGAAAUAAAUUGAACAAAUUGAUUUCAAACAACAGUUUGAUGCGUUAUAGAAAAGACCUCGGAAUCUAAAUUCUCACCUGACAAUAAAAAAGCGAAUCGCAACGCGCCCGUCGAAUUGUACAACUUUCUGCACUGCCAAAAGCGUCGAAGCGCCGUCUGCUUUCGUACAAAUUUACUCAAUAAAUGAAUGUUUCAUGU